GCCCUUCCUCUGCUCUGCUCACCUCCCUGCCGUGAGACCUGGGCAGGAACAUCUGCUUGGAUACACCUGGAGAGCAUGGAAAGGUGAUUUGAAGACAAGGAGCUGCCUGGGGGUGCCUAAACCCGAUAUUCUGAGCAGCUAAACCUGAUAUUCUGAGCACCUAAGCCUGAUCUGCUGAACAUCUGAGCCUGACAUCCUGAGCAUCUAAGCCUGAUACUCUGAACCUAAGCCUGAUAUUCUGAACACCUGAGUCUGAUAUUCUGAAUUUAAGCCUGACAUCCUGAGCAUCUAAGCCUGAUAUUCUGAGCACCUGAGCCUGAAAUCCUGAACAUCCAAGUCUGAUAUUCUGAACACCUAAACCUGAUAUUCUGAACCUAAGCCUGAUCUGAACACCCAAGCCUGAUCUGCUGAACACCUGAGCCUGACAUCCUGAACAUCCAAGCCUGAUAUUCUAAACACCUGAGCCUGAAAUCCUGAAGAUCUAAGCCUGAACAUCUAAGGCUGAUAUUCUGAACCUGAGCCUGAUAUUCUGAACAUCUGAGCCUGAUAUUCUGAACCUAAGCCUGAUAUUCUGAACAUCUGAGCCUGAUAUUCUGAAUUUAAGCCUGAUAUCCUGAGCAUCUAAGGCUGAUAUUCUGAACCUGAGCCUGAUAUUCUGAACACCUGAGCCUGAAAUUCUGAACCUAAGCCUGACAUCCUGUACCCAAACCUGACAUCCUGACCACCCAGCUGAGCUCCAAGGUGGAGGGGGGUACCAAAGCCCACUGAGCAGCCCGUCACAGCCACCACAGCCACCCUUUGGGACCUCUUGGGAGCGGAAUUUUGGGAAAAGCAACAACAAAUUCAGCAGGGCUCGGGAUUCUAAACCAAAAUAAAAAUUACUGCCAAACUUCCAGCAGAUCUGCUUUGGGUCUGAGGCUGGGAAAAGCAUCUGAAAGGAAGCAAAUUGUGCUGAGCAGGGAGCAGGGAGACCUUUCCUUGCUGCCCCACGAUGAUCUCUGCCUGAGGGCUCCUGAAGGAGACAGAAGAACCCUUUGCAAGCUCCUUCCCACCUCUGCCAGACCAAAAACAAGGAAAUACUUUUAGAUAAGAGCGUGGCUUGGUGGAUCUCCUUGAAGGAUGCCCGGCCAGGAGCCUGAGGACUUUGGAGCAGAAAUCCUGUCGGAAAAAUCCCGAAUGAUCCCUGGGCUCCCCCCGUACCACAUGGACGAGCAGCUCCUGCCCAGGCAGCCCCGCAGCCCCUGCUGCUGCCUGGCCUGGACCCUGCUGAUAGGAACCAUGAACUGCCUGGUUUUCCUCCUGAAUUUGCUCCUGAUGUUUGUGAUCUUCACCGUCGUGCUCCUUCCUACCAUCGUGGUGGUUUACUUUGGCUUCCAGUGCCACUCCCAGGUGCUGCACUCCUCCGCCCGCUACUGCAAGAGCCUCCUGGACGACAACAGCUCCUCUGCCCUCAUCAUCCUGGGCUUUGUCAUCAUGUCCCCGCUGCUGGUGGUGGCCAUGGCCAUCUACUGCAGCCUGGCCCGGCGCCUGCAGCUGCUGGUGUGCUUCCAGCCCUACAGCCUGGCCCUCUACAAGGGGGGCAGCUGCUGCUGGGCCAGGGGCUGCGGCCGCCAGCUCAAGGCCUGGGUGUGAGCCUGCAGC